GAGAGCGGUGAAGCCACUGAGGAUGCGGUAUGUGGGCCCAACUGAUAUUUCUCUUCGCAACGUUGUGCGUUCUACACCCGGCUUACUGCUCGUCAUGCCCAACGCCACAGAUCCGCUUCAACGAUAGCACUCAUCCCGGCGAUGAGGCCACCUUCAGUAAUGUCGAGGAUAUUCUUUUCGCCGGUCUGCUCAACGACGGUCAGCAGCGAGUCUGCAAAAUUUCCUGCGUCAACGGCUCGUGGAUAGGACCGGUCUGCUCGAGCAAUAGCGACGGCACCUUCAAUACUCAACCUGCUCCAAUGUUGCGUUCGUGCAUCAUCAACGAACAGGAACUCAAGUAUGAUGAGACGCGACAGAACCUCACGAUAUUCGUCGACGAAGUGCGACCACUCUCAUUCGACAAUGGAAUCGACUACAUCCAGGUAGAACACGGGACAAUUUUGAAUUUCCGAUGUAGCGAUAUUCGGAAAUUCAAACUCGAAGGCGUCACGAUCACCAAAUGCGUCGACGGUGAGUGGACCGAGGACAUGCCUGAGUGCCUUCCCACAGCUGGAAUUUCGAACGCCAACUCAACUCAGGAGCAGUUGGAGUACCCGCCGACUUUGGACUUUCUCGUAGAGAAAGGUGAAUUCGGGAUCUCGGAAACUGGCGAGCUAGUCAUCUCGCCCGGCUCGAAUCUUUAUCUGUACUGCUUAUUUGAGCGACACGUUGGAAACCCCUCCUGGUCUUGGACAGCAGAGCGCGACUACGGCCGCGUAUGGGUGCUCAAAGAUAACGAGUGGAGAUAUGAGCUCAUGAUGUACGGCGCUCGGGACGAGGAUUCUGGCGAAUUCUCUUGCACUACUCCACGGGAGAAGAAGAAUUCCAUCACUGUAAAGGUCAAAGAGGUAACGUGCGGGAAAAUCGAAGGUGAACACGACGACAACAGAGUGACGUCGGAAUAUCAGAACCGACUUCAUUCUCGCGCCAAAUUCGCCUGUAUGGAGGGCUACAUGGUCGUCGGAUCGGAAGAAAUAGUCUGCCUCGCUUCGGGUAAAUGGUCCGACAGAGCUCCUUCCUGCAAACGAAUUCUGUGUCCACCGAUUGUGCCGAGGAAUUAUGUAGAAAUGAGCUCGCAGGAACGGACCUUCGGGAGCCGGGUGAGCUUCAGUUGCCCCGGAGGACAAAGGAUUGUGGGAGCCGAGUCAAUCACGUGCCUCCGUAAUGAAACCUGGUCAGAUAUGCCACCGAACUGUGAAGGUAAGCUUGAGUCCCCGAGCUUGGUUCGUUGCGAAGCGCCAUUGCCUCCUCCAAACGGCCGGGUGGUCUACUCGGGUAAAUUCCUGCCCGCAGGGGAGAUCGUAACUUACAUUUGUAACGCCGGACACGUUCUCAUUGGACAUUCGCAGACAAUGUGUCUCCACAACGGUACGUGGUCGCGCGGGCCGCCGCGAUGUAAGCCGUCGUGCGAGUUCCCGGGAAAGCCCUCUCACGGCCGUCUGUUACCCCGAAAAUUCCACUACGACGUCGGCGAAAAUGUGCAGGUUCACUGUAAUCAGGGCUAUCGGGUGUUGAAGGCCCCUAAGCUAACUUGCAUGGACAACGGACUUUGGUCUUCGCAAAUGCCACACUGCCGACGGAAGCUGUCCGCUCAUAAGAAGAAGCAUCAUAUUCCGAAGCCAGUUCAGAUCCAGCCGACUUCGACAACGGCACUUGAAUAAAUCAGCGAUAACUCGUCAUGCUGCUGUGUACGACGAUCGUCAAGAGCUCGAACAUCACGAGCACGGCGUACUGUAAAUUCAUCAUCCAUCGGGAGGAUCAUUGCCGCUGCGAGCGGCGAUGUCGAGGGGAAAACUUGAAUAUGAAUGAACGCAAUGAUGAUAAUAAAAACACUCAA